CCCGGGAAAGGGACUGGCCGACCUUAAGGGCUUUGAGAGUCGCCUCUUCCCUACCCGCUUCUCUGAGCGGUUCCGACGCCUCGGGUCGGCCAGGCCAGUUUCUUGAGAGACCUGGCAUCAAAGGCAGGCAGGUAGGAGGUCGGGCAUGUUAGUUUCCGCUUCCGGUCGGUAAAGGGCAAGCACAAUGUAAACACGGGACCAGGGGAGUGGUCAUUAGGUAACUGAGGGUACGCUGACCGUGGUGGAAGCCCAGGAAGGGGAGGAAAACGAGGCUGGUGGGUCUUGUGGUUAGGGGAGAAAGGACCUUCAGAAGUCGGAGUUGAGACGCGACGGAGGUACGGCAGAGCCGGGACGCCAAGAAUGGCUUCCUUUGGAUGGAAGAGAAGAAUUGGGGAGAAGGUCUCAAAGGUCACUUCACAGCAGUUUGAAGCCGAAGCUGCUGAUGAGAAGGAUGUAGUUGAGAAUGAAGAAGGGAGCUGGCUUCAUGCGGUUAAACGCAGGAAAGAAAGUCUUCUCGAGGGCUGUGUUGAGAAAAGUAAGCAGCUGAAGGAUGAAGGAGCCAGUUUGGUUGAAAAUAAAAGGUAUCGAGAGGCGAUUCAAAAAUGGGACGAAGCACUGCAGUUAACCCCAGAUGAUGCUACCCUGUACGAGAUGAAAUCACAGGUCCUAAUGUCUCUUCAUGAAAUGUUCCCUGCAGUACAUGCAGCUGAAAUGGCCGUGCAGAGAAACCCACAUUCAUGGGAGUCUUGGCAAACUUUGGGACGUGCUCAGCUUGGAUUAGGAGAGAUAGUCCUGGCAAUUCGAAGUUUUCAGGUAGCCCUUCACAUCUAUCCAAUGAACCCUGAAAUAUGGAAAGAAGACCUUUCUUGGGCAAGAACACUCCAGGAGCAGCAGAAGGUAGCACAGAAGAUUAAGAAGUGUGACGCAUCAGCGGAAAUGACACAUUUCUCACCAAAGUCAAUCCCCGACUAUGACUUUGAAAGUGAUGAGAUUGUUGCUGUUUGUGCAGCAAUUGCGGAGAAACAGAAGACAGUUUCAGCAAAUAAGACAAUGGUUAUUGUUUCGGCCUCUGGGACUGUAGAGACGGUCACUGAGAAGGAAGAUGGUGCUACACCACCAGAUGGCUCUGUUUUUAUCAAAGCCCGAUAAAAGUAGCAGGAACCCUUUGAAUCUGGCUUUUUGAUUGCUCUUAAAGUUUGAGGCCUAGGGACAUCUACUGUGGAGAGACAGAAUAAAACUCCUGUUUGUAAAAUGAGUUCUGCAGAUGAGGCAUAUAAAAACUAAAUGGUAGAAUUAUUGUAUAGUGUUUGGGCUGUGCUUUGAUAAGUUACAAUUUAAACUUCUUAAGAUUAGAAUUGUGAGUACAGUGGGUUUUGAUUAAUAAACUUAAAAAAAUAAUCCAAAAAUGUAAGUGAACGCAUUUUAAAGACACAACUUGAAAAGUGAAUUCUCUAAUAGUGAAUAACUUGAUGGCCAGUGUUAUUAAAAUAUUGACUCGUUGGCUUUUGUUUCACGAUAAAGGAAGUUGGUGAUUUCUUUCCCUCCUAAUACUCCUGUUACUAUUCACUCUUCUGUUUUUCUGGUUGCAUUAGAGGAAGUCUCCCAAAGCUCAAAUAUUUUUUGACAUUUAUUUUGCUUCAAAGUUGUCAUUUGGUUAUUUUUGGAAUCUUUGAAAGUUUGGCUGAAAAUGCAUGCAACUGUAUACAUUCUAAACAUUUUCUGGACUUUCUCUUCAUUCUGAUUUGUGCUUAUAUUUUGACUUCAAAAUUAUUACAACAAUGGUAGUUGCCUUCUUCAGUAUUAGAUAUGUGAAAUACUGAUCAAUGUCACAAUGAUGGUUUUAUUGUUUUAGUUGUAAAAGUAGAUAGAGUAUUCCUUACCACAAGUGAGUCAUGUUUAAGAUGUGCAUUUUUGAAAAAUGCGUUUAUAGAUAUGUCAUAUCAAAUUGUACUGGUGCACUGGCCCAGUCGAAAGUAUAUUUUCUUCUCCUUAUUUUUAAAAGCUUAAAAACUCUGAAAAAAACUUACCUUUUGCUUUUAACGUUCCAGCUGAUGGUUUGGAAUUCUUUUUCUAGAUAACUUUUUUGGAACUACUCAAUUAAAUUACAAUUUUAAAUAGCUAAAUUAUGUCUUUCUAAAAAAGUAGGGAUGUUUAUGAGUGUCAGUGAAUGUAUAUAUCUUGGGCAUGACAUACAUAGGAACUGAAACAUGACUUAACAGUACAAUCCCAUGAGUGGAGAAGAAUAUAUUUAAAGAAAUAUUUCGUUGAAAGGCCACGAUCGCAUUCACAAAUCAAUACUGUCAUUGCUAAUAUGAGUUAUUUUUAUACCACAUAUAUUAUAGUACAAUUAUAUAGAACUACUGGGUCCUGUUACUUCUGACACUCAGGAAGCUAUUUUUGCUGUAAAAUUAAUUUUUUCCUUGUCAGAGAUGAAAGUAAGCUGUUUUAAAGAAUCUUACCUUAACCUGUUGGAGCAUGUAAGUAAUGGUCUACAUUUUUCUGAGAUGAUUUAAAAAAUGUUUCCUUUAGUGGAAUGCUUACCUCUUUUUUUUUUUUUUUCAGAGUGUUAUAUUUUCCCUCAAAGUUACAUCAGAAAGUUAGCUGUGGUUAGGUUAGUUUUAGAGUAAUUGAAAAACACAAAUAUUAGUUACAUUUUAUUUUUUUUAAUAAAGGAUAUUCUCACAGGGUAGAUACUUGAGUAUAUACAGAAGUGAGCAUUCACCCUUUGGUAUGUGGUUUUGAGUAGUGGGUUUUUGUUUAUCGUGUAAUUUGUGAAUAAAUGGUUUUUUCUGCACUUUAAAGAUUUGCCUCUGUGUUAGCUUUUGAAAAAUUUGAUUUAUUUAAUUUCUUUCUUAUGUGAAAAUAAAAUAUGUAAAGCACCUUGUAUCUUGCAUAGGAAGUACUCAGUAAAUGUUAGCUAUUUCUAUGAAGAACUUGAAUUAGUAUGGAGAUAUUUAACCUCAGUUUCUUCUGAUUUUAGGAAGGUAGGAGAACUUUGUAAUCUUUAUCAGAAAGUGAGAAGUCACUACUUUUAGUAUUAUAGGACAGAUGGUUAUCAGUUCUUGGCAUAACAGGGGGGAUUGUUCUUGGCAUAAAAUCUGUGCCUCAGCCCCAAAAGGGGCAAGACCCAGGAUGGAAGGCAUGUAGCCACUAAAUUCUGUUAACAGAACCUAGUGUUUUUUCUGUAUUAUGGAGAGGGAAGGCAGCUCAUUUAUCCAUGCUCCAAAGGAUUCUCAGCUAGUAUCUUCUAUGCAUGAGGAGAAAAAUGCAUAUAUCAUUUUGUAAAGAUGUGAAUAGUGAUCUACAGACAUUUGCUAAACCUGUUAACUUCACUAACAAAUAAUUUUGAGUCUGAAAGAAAAAUAGUUGAUGCUACAGUGAUGUAAUUU